UCAUUACACAACUCACUUUCUAAUUUUUAGCAUUUCUUUCUCUCAAAAGAAAGAAGUGUUUUCUUUUUCUUCUUCCCAAAACUCUCAACUUUCUUUCAUUUACAUUCUCAAACUUUCAAAAAAGAAAAUACAAAUUAAAAUGGCCAUCAGAAAAUCAAACAAGUUGUCACAAGCUGCAAUUCUAAAGCAAAUCUUGAAAAGGUGUUCGAGUUUGGGAAAGAAAAAUGGUUACGACGACGAAAAUGACCUUCCCAUUGAUGUGCCCAAAGGUCAUUUUGCUGUCUACGUAGGAGAGAACCGAAAACGAUAUAUUAUACCAAUUUCUUUCUUAACUCACCCUCAGUUUCAGUCCCUUCUCCGUUGUGCCGAAGAGGAGUUUGGGUUCAAUCACGAUAUGGGCAUUACUAUUCCUUGUGAAGAAGUCGUUUUCCGAUCAUUAACUAAUUCCAUGCUGCAGUGAAGGAGAAUUGUUGAAGAGGAGCUUGGCGUAACUGGUAAAGUUGCUGCCAUGUGACCAGAGAUCACGGGUUCGAGCCAUAGAAAUAGCCUCUUGCAGAAAUACAUGAUAAGGCUGCAUUUGGCUUUUUCUCGGAUCUCGCACAUAAUUGAAACUUAGUGCAACCACGUUGCCCUUUUAACAUAAGAGAAAUGUUGAAAAGUGAUUACUAGUAUUAAUUGAAAAGGUUUUCAGUGAAGAGAGAUGGGCUCAACAUGAGGCAAUACACUAGCAAAUACUUAGUGUAUAGCUUCUUUUUUUUCGACAUCUUUCUUCACUGUAUUAUUAUUAUUAUUAUUAUUAUUAUUAUUAUUAUUAUUAUUACUAUUAUUUUUUCUUUAUCUUUAACGUCGACCUAAGAAGCACAUGAAAUUGUUUGUUUUUAUGGGUUAGAUUUGUAAAAAAGAAAAGCUUGGGAAUUUUUCCUUGCAGAGGUGUUUGGUUAUAACACCCUGUGAGAGAAGUUAAUGUGCCUCCUUCAUUCAUUUCCUAAGGUUAUUUCUGAUUUGAUGUUAAAUUAUACUUCCUUCGUCUCAAAUUAUUUAUUGUGUA